AUGCCCCCCGUAACAGUUGGCGAUAUGGACCUCCCCAUUGAGCCCGUCUAUCCGCUUCCAAAGGCCAAAGGCCCCCUCGCAUCCUCCAUCACAACACCCCAACUCUUCUCCCUCGCCAACAAGACCAUUGUUGUUACCGGCGGCGGCCGCGGCCUCGGCAUCACCUUCGCGCUCGCCAUCCUCGAAGCCGGAGGCCACGCCGCCUGUCUCGAUAUCCUCUCCGAGCCUUCACCCGUCGAGUGGGCUCACCUUAACAAGCUCGCCACGGCCAACGGCCUGUCCAUCACAUACCACAAGUGCGACAUCACCGAUGAGCUCGCCACUCAGCACGUCUUCGAGGAGAUCGCCGACGACGCAGACAAGCGCGGCGCCCCCUUCUGGGGCGCCAUCGCCUGCGCCGGCAUCCAGCAAAAGAUCCCCGCCCUUGACUACCCCGUCACCGAUUUUGAGCGGAUACAAAAGGUCAACGUCGUCGGUGUCUUCGUGACGGCCAAGCACGCCGCCCGCAUCCUCGUCAACCGCAAGAGCAAGGGCAGUAUUCUGCUCAUCUCGAGCAUGUCGGGCGAGAUCGCCAAUCGAGGAUUGACAUGCAGCGCCUACAACACAAGCAAAGCAGCUGUUCAGCAGAUGUGCCGAUCUCUCGCCCAGGAAUGGGGCCAAUACGGCAUCCGUGUCAACACCUUAUCCCCUGGUUACAUCAGAACCGCCAUGACCGACCAACUCCUGCAAGCCGAGCCCGAUGUCGAGAAGACGUGGAUGAGAGGAGCCUUGCUGCAGCGCCUAGGUACACCCGAGGAUUUCAAGGCCCCGGCCGUUUUCCUCUUGUCCGAGGGAAGCUCCUUCAUGACCGGUGCAGACCUACGCGUCGACGGUGGACACUGUGCCUCCGCUUAA